UUAAAAAUUGCAAGGCUAAGUUUGCUCACGCACUCUCUUGUUGUAAAUUAAUUAACAUUAAAUAAUUUCUCAACAAAAAGUGAUGUCACUUUAACUCCCGUUUGAAGCUCGCAUGUAAACGUGGUGAAACGAAACGUCAAACGUCAGUCAGUUCGUCCGCGCCUACAGCUGUGAAAAAUGCAACAAAACAUCAAAUAAUCAGUUUUUUCCCCUAAAAAAACACGCAAAAAGCUCAAGUGAUGUGCAAUUGUCUAACUUGACUCGUUCCGAACCCCAGGUUGAAAUUGGCGAAAUAUUUCCGGCUUGAAUCAUGGAUGAGAAUAGCGAAAAUCACACUCCCGACCCCAAAGUCCCCGAGUCCCCGAAACCGCUCGCUUUCACCGUCGAUUUCGGCGAGGGCAAAGCCAUAGACACCCAACGCCACAAAACCCUUGUUGAAAAGUUUCAAAAGAAGCACAGGAGGGGCCAGUCGCUGUCGAAAAUCGAGGAGCCCACGCUCGGCCUCGCGAGGAAACACCCCAACACGGGGAAUCUGCCCCGCAAGUCGAGUUUUCAAUCCGAAGGCUAUUUUUCCUCAGACGAGAAAAGUGACAGGAGUAAAAGUGCGAAAAGUGCAAAACGGAGUGAAUUGACGUUGCCUUUGAAAAGUAUCGCCGAUAAAAUGAGCCAGUCGUUUCCAAAUAGUGGGUUUCUUAGUUUAAAAUCACCGGAGAUUGAACUGAAGGAUGUGUCAAGUCCCGAAUUGGACUUGAUAAGUCCUUUCAGUCCCACUCAAGGUAAAUCUAACCUCGUUAAACAGUUACCAAGUCCCAAAAGUGAAAAUAAGGACGCUGAGAAUUUUAUUGAAGGGACUGAGUUUGAUUUUGACAAGUCGGAUACUGUSAGUGACGCGGGCACCUACACUCUAGAUGCAGACAAUUAUUCCGAAGAACAGAAAGCACGAAUGAGCAUCGAUACGGAAUUCAAAAUCGAACAAAUUUCAGUCUUGAAAAAAACCGAGGAUUACAUCAAAAGUCUCAAUACUUACAAACAGAAAAACCAAUCUGACAUAACUAAAACCGUGACAGAGUUAAAUUUGAAUGACAGCUCUGCCAACCCCCCAUCACCAAAAUCCCCAAAACCGCCACAAAGCACCCCAAAUUUCAAAAACUUUACGAAAAGCAACGCAAAAAUGCUAUCACCGAUCCUGUCCCCGACGCAAAACCUCUCAAUCACCCAAGAUGAGAAAAACACUGACUUGGCGAACAAAACUUUUACGAAAAUCAUGUUUCCGAGCCCCAAGGCCCGCAACGCCAAUGGACUGGAGCAACUCGUCGAUCAGGGUAGUGUGAUUUCGGUGACGUCAAGUGGGGCCUUCCGGACCAAACCCGAGAAACCGAAACCCCGAAAAUUGAGUUUAACGAAAUCCGAAGUCCGAGUCGAGGCUUACGUUGGCAACAAGGUCGAAGUUAGCGAAAGUACCGUCAGGGUUGCCAACCCCUUGAAAAAAUUAACGGCGAAUAUCGUUAACGUUGAAAGUAUUUCCACGAACGGAGUUGGCGUUGAGGACAAUGUGGUGAGUGGAAGUUUGGUGUUGGGGAAAGUGGCGUCUUCGCCGACGAAAAUCCCCUCGCCGAUUCACACUCUGUCGCGYCCGCGAAGUCGCAACAGCGCGAAUUUGGAUUUGAGCGACAGCAGUUUGGAGACGGAGUCGUACUUGAAACCGACUCAAAAUUGCAUAAAUUCGUUGCAGCAGAGAUUGUCACUGGAUAGCGACCAAGAGAGRGACUACGGCCUCCAGUUGAACAAUUCACCUCACAAUUUGCUGAAGCAAAGAGCGACGCACAUCCGACACAACUCACUCGAUGACAAGAACAUGAAAAUAUCGAACAAACUCGAGCAUUUCCAAAGCAAAAAUUUGCAGAGUAUCGACCAAACAUUCAACGUGCUUAAUCAAUACGCGAAACCAAUACACAAGAUCCAAAACUCGCCCAACAAUUCGCCGAUUCGACGCUCUAGUAGCUUCUCGACGAAAAACCCGAUUCCUGCUAAAAACACUAAUUUGGUGCAGCAGGAAGCGAUACGCAACUCGCCAAGCCUCGGCAGGAAUACUUCGAUACAGAGAUCGGCCUCCACGGCGAAUAUCAAGCCUAAUUUUAUCCAAUUGAGACGCUCGAGUGUCUCCAAUGACCACCAAAAGAUCGACCGAAAUCAAUUCGGUGACACCGAAUCGAGUUCCGAGGAAGAUUUCGAGAAGAAUUUAUCCAAAAAGAAAGAUUUGUCGAAUUUGACCAACACGAGGUACAAUCGUGCGUUUAGUUUGAGGAGGGCGAGGUUGGAUGAGCCCGUCGUUCCGCCGAAGUGCCCCAAUACUCCAGAGAUGCGUCGGAAAUUCCAACCGGAUCAUCUCCGAAUGGAGAGGGCGAUUUCUGUUGAUAGAAAACCAGUGAAGACAAACGAGGUUCAGAGUAGAUACCUGUUGAAUGUUACCAAGAAACCGCCGGUUAAAACCGAACCGGUGAAGAAUACCGUGCCAAAAAGUACCACAGGGAAGACGCAAGCGUUCUCGAGGACGGACAAUGGGAGGUUCAGCAUGAGGGCGGCCAAACCGCCGACGACAGGGGGCCAGAAACCGGCCAAGAAAGAUGCAAAUGGCAAGAAAUCUAGCGGUCGGAGCAACUCAUCGUUAUCAAGCAGAGAAAAAGAAUUCCAAAAUUGGAAACGACGGAAAAGCUACGAUCCGAUGAAAGCAGCCGCCGAAGGCAAACGAAAAGAAUUGGCCAAAAGACAAAACAGCAUGACACAGUCAUUCACGGAGGCCAAUCAGAAUCAAGACUGUGAUAGUUCCCCGUCCCAUUCCAGUUCGGUGCAUCGCUCUCAGAGCUUUCAUGGUACAGCUGCCCUCGAACAACUCAUAAGUUCGGAAGAAGAAGAAGACUUYACCCUCUCGGCCGAUGAGGGUUUCAGUCCCCCGACCCCCAGUCCUUGCGAAUUGAGUCCAGCAAGGGCGAGUUUGCGAAUCGCUUGGAAGGAUCACAUCCUUCAUUAAUUUCGACGACAUUCGAACGAAUCAUUUUGUUAGAGUACUUAGGUAAUGUUUGCACAAUAAAACGGCAGUCGGUGCAAUACAAAAGCUCAAGAUCCAAUCGCAUGCCAAAUUUUUUAAAACAACUGCCGAAAUUAUUUUGCUGUGAUAUCGUUUGUUUUAUUAGUUGUAAGCACAAAAGUCGGGUGCUGGGGGCGGAAAGAGUGGCAUUACCUACGUACUUGUUUUCUUUAGUGUGUAAAUACGACCAUAUCAUUGUUUGUUUUUCGGUUAUCGCACUCAUGUAUUAUGUUAGUUGAGUAGUAUUUUUGUGUUUCAUUGUUUCGAAAAAAGCAACGAAGAUGCGAUUGCGGGAAAGACAGUUUCGUACUUCAAGAAUCUCUUCCAAAGUUGAGUAAAAGAAAAGUAACCAACAUGUAGGUGUAAUAAAUUAUUUCAGUUUUUAUAGUUACUUUACUUUCAGGACAUGUAUGUUACUUUUAUUUUAUAAGAUAAUUAGGAUAUAACCAAAUGUGAUUUUAUAAUCUGAGAUUAUUAAAUGUGCAAAUAUUUUUAUUAUUCUCUGUAGUUAAGUUGUGCGAGAUAUUUAAAAUGGCUUGUUACAAUUCUAAAGUCGAUCAAUUUAAAAAUUCAUGACUGUACACGUAUGAGUUACAUACUUUGUUUUCUACCGUUGGUAGCUCUCUCAUGUGUUGCUUAUUUACAGAGACUUUCAGCUUUGUAUAAAUAAAUUAUCUAUUAAAAAAUCA